AUGGAUGAUGGAGAGUUAGAUUUCUCGAACCAAGUCUUAAAGAAUAUGGAACAUCAAUUAAUGAGCAGUUGCGCAGUGGAUAGUUGUUUCUUCAAUGAUAUCCUCGAUCAUACUCAUGAAAGUGAUCAUCAUACGAAUACUCCAAACCAACCCGAACAAGGUACGUCGCAAAAUCUCGACUUACCUCAUUCACCAACUUUUAUUAAUUUCGGCACAAAAGCCCUUCCUGUCGAAGAAAAAACUACUACUGAGGAAACAGAUGAAUCUGAUGACAAAAAAUCCAAAAAACGGCCACAUGGGAAUAGAGAGUCGGUUCGUAAGUAUCGGGAGAGAAAGAAAGCCCGGCAAGCUUCAAUGGAGGAUGAGCUUAACAGGAUGAGGAUCGUAAACCAGCAAUUGAUAAAAAGAAUGCAGGGACUAUCUGCUCUUGAGCAAGAGGUAGAAAGAUUCAAGUGUCUACUUGUGGAAAUUAGGGGAAGGAUUAAAGGAGUGCUUGGAUCAUUUCCUUAUAAAAACCCCAAAAACGGUAUUGGUGUCAUUCCUCAAAAUAUGCCUCGGCCAUCUACCUCGGCAGGAGCUUGUGAGGUGAAUCAGUGUGACCACCAAUGCACUGCUGGGUUAGAUAAUAAUUCAGGAUUCAAUGAAUCUCUAGAGCUUGGACAAGCAAAUGUAAGGUUAAGUACUACUAAUCUCAAUUCUUCCACUGCUGCCAAGAGGAGAAAGGGAAAGAGCUCAAACAAAUGUACAGCCGAGUAGCAAUCAUCCAUUUGCUUUACUGUCGAUGUUAUUUUUUUGUUAUUUCAUUGUAAUUUAUAGUGGGAGAUUGUAAUGUAUAGCAUG